AUGUCGGGCUACUCAGCAAGCCCUGGCAAGGAUCGUUCAGCAGCAGAGAAGGAAGAGAUGGCAAAGAAGUAUAAACCCGGCGACCAAGUCCUUCCAACGAUAAAUACACAUCGAACAGCGGAUGAGCGGCGCAUCGACGCUGAAGACAGAAGGUUGAUGGAGGAGGUUCGAGAACUGAGUUUACAAGAGGCGGGAGUAUCUUCGGGGCCACCAAGGACACGGCGGAGGCGUGAGAGCCGAUCCGCGGACAACAGAAGGACAAGCAGAGACAGGGAAAGGGACCGGGGUAGAGAUAGAAGCGUCGAUAGCCGCCAUCAACCACGAGGAAGCCGUCGCCCACGAGUUGACGAGGGAGGUCGGCAUAGCUCUGAUCAACUCCAUGUCGAAGGCGAGCGACGACGUCGACGAAGCGAGUCGAGGCAGCGCCAGAUUGAGCACCAGUCAUCGAUUCGGUCACUAAUCAGCUCGGGAGAUAUGAGUGAGAGGGAUAUCGAACGAGAAAUAGAGUCCUUUGCCAGACAGAUCCAGGAAGAAGGUCUCCUCGAUGGGCUCGAUUUGGACAACAUCGAUUUGAGUCGCGACGACGAGCUCAGCAGGAGGAUCACAGAAGCAUACAGGCGCCGUCAGAGGGAUCGAACACGCCAAGAAACGAGGAGGAACAACGGAAAUAACUAUCCUCCAUUGACACGAUAUGCCGAGAAUACAGCAGCUGGGGAUCCUCGCAUGUUGGCCCCAGAAGGAGGUCGACCAAGAGAAAGAUCUCGACCACAUUCUCGGUCUGCUAGCGCUACAAGUGCUGCCAGUGCUGCGAGUCAGACAGAGGAACGGAGUCGUCCCCCAACCUCUACAACCUCAGCAAACUUAGAAGUCCAGGAGCCAGUCCGAAGGCCUAGGAGACGGACUGCUAGCGGAGGUCGAAGCUCUACCACUCCAGUAUUUCCGACCACUGCUGAGCCCAGGCCUGCUGCUCGGUCCUCUACGGACCUGGGAUCGAGGCCACAGGCUUCCGAUAUAACACAGUCCCGACCUAGCUUCAGCGAGGGACGCAGCACCAGCACACCCAUCCACACCGUGCCGUUUCCCAACCCAACAGAAGCGGCUUCAUUCAGCAACAAUACAGGGAAUAUGUCGUUUGCUAUUCGUCAAGGAACCUCUCAAAGUGCAUCCGUCCCUCCUCUAUUCUCCCAUCAUGAUGCAGCAGCCGGUCGGGCAAACAGACCUCGUCCGGUUGAUCUGGCCAUUGUUCAUCAGACUUCCCACUGUCUCUGGACACCAGAGGACCAGGUCUCAGCUCUACCCGGAACCUUCAGUCAGCUGCUCACGAUGCAACAAACAGCACAUUGA